GGGAGCGGUGGCGGCGCGGGGCCGGGGCGGCGGAGGAGGAGGAGAAGAAGAUGGCGGCGGUGCGGGCGGUUCGCGGGCUGGUGAACGGCGCCGGGCCCGGCGGGCCGCGGGAGCAGGUGGCGGCCAUCACCCGCGACUACGUCUCCCAGCCGCGCCUCACUUAUAAAACUGUAUCGGGUGUGAAUGGUCCCCUGGUUAUCUUGGAUCAAGUUAAGUUUCCUAGGUACGCAGAGAUUGUCCACUUGACUCUUCCCGAUGGCACAAGAAGAAGUGGGCAGGUUCUGGAAGUCAGUGGCUCCAAAGCUGUGGUUCAGGUAUUUGAAGGAACUUCAGGUAUUGAUGCUAAGAAAACGUCUUGUGAAUUUACUGGGGAUAUUCUUCGAACCCCUGUCUCUGAGGAUAUGCUUGGCAGAGUAUUUAAUGGAUCAGGAAAACCUAUAGACAGAGGCCCCAUUGUUUUGGCUGAAGACUUCCUUGACAUAAUGGGUCAGCCAAUCAAUCCCCAGUGUCGUAUCUAUCCAGAAGAAAUGAUUCAGACUGGCAUUUCUGCUAUAGAUGGUAUGAACAGUAUUGCCAGGGGGCAGAAAAUCCCCAUAUUCUCAGCUGCUGGCUUGCCCCACAAUGAGAUUGCAGCUCAGAUAUGUCGCCAGGCUGGCUUGGUGAAGAAAUCCAAAGAUGUGAUGGACUACAGUGAAGAAAACUUUGCCAUUGUGUUUGCCGCUAUGGGUGUGAACAUGGAAACUGCUCGGUUCUUCAAGUCGGACUUUGAGGAAAAUGGGUCCAUGGACAAUGUGUGUCUGUUCCUGAAUUUGGCCAAUGAUCCAACCAUUGAACGCAUUAUCACACCUCGUCUAGCUCUAACAACAGCAGAGUUCUUGGCAUAUCAGUGUGAGAAGCAUGUAUUGGUCAUUCUGACAGAUAUGAGCUCCUAUGCUGAAGCUCUGCGAGAGGUUUCAGCAGCUAGAGAGGAAGUGCCUGGCCGUCGUGGUUUCCCAGGCUACAUGUACACUGACUUGGCUACUAUAUAUGAGCGUGCUGGGCGUGUGGAAGGCAGAAAUGGUUCCAUUACUCAGAUUCCUAUUCUUACCAUGCCCAAUGAUGAUAUUACUCAUCCUAUCCCUGACUUGACUGGGUACAUCACUGAGGGACAAAUCUAUGUGGAUAGGCAGCUGCAUAACAGACAGAUUUACCCGCCUAUUAAUGUCUUGCCCUCCUUGUCUCGACUGAUGAAGUCAGCUAUUGGAGAGGGUAUGACCAGGAAGGAUCAUGCAGAUGUAUCCAACCAACUGUAUGCCUGCUAUGCUAUUGGAAAGGAUGUACAGGCUAUGAAGGCUGUAGUUGGUGAGGAAGCUCUUACCUCAGAUGAUCUUCUUUACCUGGAGUUUCUGCAGAAGUUUGAGAAGAACUUCAUUGCUCAGGGUCCUUAUGAAAAUCGCACUGUUUAUGAGACCUUGGACAUUGGAUGGCAGCUUUUGCGAAUCUUCCCCAAGGAGAUGUUGAAGAGAAUUCCUCACACAACACUGGCUGAAUUCUACCCUCGAGAUUCAACUGCAAAACACUAGCCACAGCUUCAUCUCUAACUCCUUGCUCUGUGAAAUGCUGUUUGUUUUCUUUUUUCAUGUGUUGGUGUUUACAUGUCACCCUUAAAAUUAAAACUGAGAAUAGGUGA